AUGCUCCUUACAAAGGUCAACCUGAAGGACACAGGCUUCUAUACCGUACGAACCUAUAAUAUACAUGGAAAUGCCAUAUCAACCACAUACACAUACCUCAACGUGUAUGCUGACCUUUGGAAGUGUGGGCUCCUUGACACCUCUUCCAAGCCCACCAUUGAAUUCGUGCCACCCAGCGUUGCUGAAGGGGGAAGUGUUCUUCUACUUGUUCACAGUCUUCCAGGGAAUUCUGUAGGCUUUGCCUGGUUCAAAGGAAUGGCUGCCUUCAAGAACCUUUUGGGUAUCCGACAUCUAUCAUCCAGGAAACCAAUGCUGUUUGGACCUGCAUACAGUGGCAGGGAGACAUUAAACAGUGAUGGGUCCCUGAUGCUUCACAGUGUCAGUAAGAAAGACCGUGGAUUGUACGUACUGCGAAUUCUGAAAUCAUAUGGUACAAGUGAAGAUGUACAAGUGCAACUCCAGGUGGACAGUUCCCUUUCUGUGUUCUGUAAUGCUCUCACUUCUUCCCGACUCAUGAUCAAACCGCUGCUUGGCUAUAUUGCUGAAGGUGAAGACGUAGUUCUCCAAGUUCAUAAUCUUCCAGCAGAAGCGCGAGUGUUUUCCUGGCACAAAUCAAACAAUGGGAGCCCAGCUCGUAAACUUGUAGAAUACAACAGAGUCAAGUCUUCUAUCUCCUGGGAGCCUGCACAGAGAAUAAAAGGGAGGGUGUACAAAACUGGAUCCCUUCAGCUUCUGGAUGUCAUUGAGAGUGAUGCAGGGAUGUACACAUUGGAAGUUUUAAACAAAGAUUCCAAAAUUGAAAGAGCAAAUGUGCAGUUUUAUGUAAAGAAGUCUGUGUCACUGCCCAUUGUGCAAAUCACUGACACCACUGUCACAGGAGCCUUCCUUUUAACCUUCUGGCACCUGUCCACCACUGCCUUUGUGACCACUGUAUCAGUGCCACCCCGAGUGGCCGAAGGAAAUGACGUCCUGUUCCUUGUCCACAAUCUGCCAGAGAAAUUUAAAACCAUUGCCUGGUUCAGAGGGUCCUCAAAUAUGACUGCAAUAUAUGGACUGCCCGACAAUUUAAGUAGGCCAGGUCCUGCACACAGCGGCAGAGAGACAGUAUUUCACAAUGGAUCCAUGCUCCUUGCAAAGGUCAACCAGAAGGACACAGGCUUCUAUACCGUACGAACCUAUAAUAUACAUGGAAAUGCCAUAUCAACCACAUACACAUACCUCAACGUGUAUGCUGACCUUUGGAAGUGUGGGCUCCUUGACACCUCUUCACAGCCCACCAUUGAAUUCGUGCCACCCAGCGUUGCUGAAGGGGGAAGUGUUCUUCUACUUGUUCACAGUCUUCCAGGGAAUUCUGUAGGCUUUGCCUGGUUCAAAGGAAUGGCUGCCUUCAAGAACCUUUUGGGUAUCCGACAUCUUCCAUCCAGGAAACCAAUUCUGUUUGGACCUGCAUACAGUGGCAGGGAGACAUUAAACGGUGAUGGGUCCCUGAUGCUUCACAGUGUCAGUCAGAAAGACCGUGGAUUGUACACACUGCGAAUUCUGAACUCAUAUGGUACAAGUGUAGAUGUACAAGGGCAACUCCAGGUGGACAGUUCCCUAUCUGCGUUCUGUAAUGCUCUCACUUCUUCACAACUCAUGAUCCAACCAGUGCUUCGUUAUGUUCCUGAAGGUCAAGAUGUACUUCUCCGAGUUCUUAAUCUUCCAGAAGAAGCGCUAGUGUUUUCCUGGCACAAAUCAAACAAUGGGAGCCCAGCCCGUAAACUUGUAGAAUACAAGAGAUUUGUGCCCUCUAUCUCCUGGGAGCGUGCACAGAGAAUAAGAAGGGAGGUGUACGAAAAUGGAUCCCUACUGCUUCAGAAUGUUAUUGAGAGUGAUGCAGGGACGUACACAGUGGAAGUUUUAAACAAAUAUUUCAAAAUCGAAAGAGCAAAUGUGGAGUUGUAUGUAAAGAGUAAGUGA